CACCGACAGGUGUCUGAUGGCAGGCAUGGAUCUUUGGGGACAGAAGGAGGCACGACAACAUCCAAUCCAUUGUCACAAGACGACUGGUACCACCAAGAUCUAGCUAGGCGCAAUGCGAGGGAACGUAUGGUAUGUGCCGUGGGAGGAUAAGUCAGCGCGCUACAUCGCCGGAACGAGGCAAGCAUCCCAAACCGAGAAGACACCCUGCGCGAAGCUGCAGUGUAUUGAAGGCAAUCCAUCUGCAGACUCCAGCCCGGACAUAAAGGACGAGGAACACCAGCAGCUCGCAAAGACGAAGUCCAGCGCUAAACGCCGCACGCCUAAACAGCUUGCGAAGGAUCGCGAUGCCCUGAUCGGACUAUUUGCAACUUCCACAACUCGUCAAGAACAAUGGAUCUCAUGGCUGCGGAGCGCGUCAAUCGAACGCCUCACGUUUCAGGCUACCUUCAUCAAUCUGUUUUUCGACAAAGCGGGCACACGAUUCAGAGGGUUUGAGAUAAUAUUGUCAUCUGCUGAUCGAGCUCCCGCUCUGAUCACAGCUUUGGACGCGAUUUGUCUUGUCCACGUAGGGACCAAGCACAAAGAUCAGCGGCUCCUAGAAGCAGCUCGAGUGACCUACGGCUCGGCACUCGCCAAGGUCCGCCGGGAGAUUCUCGCGCCGCAACGGGAUGCUUCGCUCUUGGUGGCAGCGGUGUAUUUGCUGACCAUCUGCGAGUUCUUCUCCGCGACUGCCGCGCCGGAUGAGGGCUGGAGACGUCACAUUCGCGGCAUUUUGCAGCUACUCGGAGCUCUCGAUCUAGCAGCCCUAGAUCCUUCUAUUCGUAUACUCGUCGGCACACUCCUUCGGGGUCCCGCCGUCUGGCAUGCAAUUCUUGAGCGCAAGAGUCUCCCAUCUCUCGACAAGAUUCAGCAUGCACUUGCAGAUGGGACCACGUUUAGCUCUUCCACUGGCUUCAUAAAAUUAGCAGUGAGAGUCCCGGGGAUCAUAGAGAAAGUGGACUUCCUGCGACACGCAAACCCGCGGCCAAGCGUCGCUGCUCUCUCAAUGUGUUGUCGCGAAAUCGUAUCCCUCUGCAACGAGCUCCAGCACUGGAUGACUUUAUGGACCGAAACGCUCUUGGAAGAGCCCUUCCAGAUUGCGCCUAUCUCGAUACUCGCCGAUAGCAAAGUGGCAAUGGCAACUUCCAAGACAGCAUUCCCAUUCGCCUACCAAUUCUCAAACCCGCUCCUCGCACCAAAGCACAGGACUUAUUGGACAUGUAUGCUUUCCUUGAAGCAGGCGCAUCUGGACCUUUUCGAAGCGUUUCCAGAGCUCCUCCACGAAUUGCAGUGCGAUGAUCAGGAGAUGGAAAGACUCAUCACAACUGCGACAGAACUCGCAAAUCAUUUGUUAGGCCGUGCCCCGCACCCUUCGGCUGCAGAAAAUGGGCCAUGGCUCACAUCAGCGGUUCUCAACCACAUGCCAUCGGUCAUCGUCUCAGGUUGUCGCGAUAUGGCCACACUAUCUCCGACCUACUUCCUCCGCCGCGCCACCCCGGACGACGCACCAGCAAUCAGAGCCAUUGAAGAAUGUUCUGUGCAAAAGUUCAGCACGAUUCCGGAUCUCGCACAUCUCGCGCAACCGGGCACUUUCACUCCCAACUCUAUCUCCGGGCUGAACACCUGGCUCUCUCGUGGCCGAGUCUUCCUUGUGAUGGACUCUUCCGCUUCAGAGCCAAAAGCUGUGGGUAUCAUCGCGGCUCUCCCGAAGGAUAAUACGAUUUACAUUGCGGAGAUCUCUGUUCUUGCAGAACAUAACGGGAAAGGUGUAGGAGGCAUGCUGUUGAAUGCUGUCUUCGACUGGGCGCGAGAGCUAGCUAUUCAGACAGGAGAGGAAGUGUCGAGAGUGUCAUUGACGUGCUAUAAGGAUGUGCCUUGGAAUGGGCCUUGGUAUCGAAGGAAGGGUUUUGUCGAGGUUGAGGCGGAGAGCCUUGGCAUUGAGCACGAGGAGAAGAUGGAAUUGGACAGGAAAGUGAGGAAGUUGGAGGUGGGAGGUUAUAAGAGGUGUUGCAUGCUGUGGACGGAACAACGGGGGAGAGUUUGA